AUGACGAUCAGGGACACACUGAUGACACACCAUCUCAGAGCAUCGGUAUCCGAUGCCGGUGCCAGCCUGUCUGACUCCCUGAGGCGAGGGGCUGUGCUGGGGAGAAGUCCGUGUCUGAACAUCAACAUGAAGAAUGGCUCUAUAAGCUGUGUAACUAGAUUACAGUGGCUGUGGAAAACUGUAGUUGACUCUGAGCAAAAUGGAAAGAAAGCAGCAAAGUGUGGCUCUGAUUGGUCAGGGCUGGUCUCUGGCAGCAUAUAUAAACCCUUCCCAUGCUCUCUUUCUACACAGCUGACUUUCAGUAUGGUGACUGUUCAGGCCUUCCUGGGGUUUUCCCUCUGUGCUUUGCUGAUUCUGCAUACACAUGGAUUUCCAUCUAAAGGCUCCAAAUCCCAUGGCCAGAGCAGCAGUCACCAAGGAGGAGAUGACUUUGCGUCUCAACAGAGAUUGUCCACUGGUCACUAUGCACCCUUGUACAGUGCUUCUAGGCAAGAAGGAUCAGGACAAAUGGUACCUGUACCAGCUGCUGGAUACAAUGCUGGAGGUCCUGGGUCCAGUUUGCCAGAAACCAAGUGGACCGUUGCUCCUAAUAUCUUUGAAGAAGGCUUGGCCAACACCCAGAUCCUUGACUCCAGCAUGCUUCUCCCACAAAACUCUGCACCAUCAGGACCAGUCCUCCAGUCUGGGGAGAUUUCCAAUGUUGAGAAGGAAGCUGAACUUGGGAACUACCAGCAUGAAUCAGAAAAAUUUGGCUACCCAGCUGCCAGCAUGGGGCCUGGACUAGGACUUCCUAGUUACCCUAUGCCUUAUGUUGAUGGAGUCUUCUGGGGUAGCCCUUAUCUCUACCCUCUCUCCUCUCCUUACCCUUACUUUGACUACAGGCUCCUGUAUGGCUUGUACCCUCCUGGCACCUACACCACAUUCAGCAAGAGUAAUGAGAAGGGAAAGGAUUACUACCAGAGCAUCCACUACCUGAAGGAGCAUGUUCCUGAGAUUCCUACUUCUGGGCAGCAGAAGAAAAUCUUCCCACAGCCACCAAAGAACAUGUGA